UUUAAUAUUACCAUUGAAAAAUACAUCUAAGCUACAGACCAGACAAACUGAAAAAUGCUUAAAUGAUAUAACAUGGAACUUAAAUAUUAUUUAUGUUCUUUAAUUCAGCUUAUUUAUGGAGCAGUUUGAUUUUAGUGAGCUUUGUUAACAAAAAAUCUGCUUCAAAUAAUUCAAAUAAUAACUUCGAUAGAAAGUGUAACGGGGACUACAGUAAUCAUUCUCAGGUUUUACCAACAAUGGCACUGAAGAAUGCAACGCAUUUUUCGCUGUUCACUCUUUCUGGAUUGCAGGAUGAAACAAAGGAAAGUAGAUAUGUUCUUUUUUCUGUGACUUUGAUUUGUUAUUUUCUUAUUGUGUUCAAAAAUAUGACACUGAUUGCCACCAUCCUCCUAGAGAAAUCCCUUCAUGAGCCCAUGUACAUUUUUCUGUGCAAUAUGUGUUUUAAUGCACUGUAUGGAACAAUAGGUUUCUAUCCUAAAUUCUUAUAUGACCUACUCUCUGAAGAACACGUGAUCUCAUACAGUGGAUGCUAUCUACAAGCAUUUGUCAUUUACUCCAAUUUUCUGUGUGAUUGUUCCAUUUUAACAGUUAUGGCAUAUGACAGGUAUGUUGCGAUAUGCAAACCAUUGGAGUAUCAUUCCAUUAUGACUAAUCAGGCUGUGGUUAAACUCAUUGUGUUUCCCUGGGUUCCUCCUCUUUUGUGUGAGGGUGUUUUGAUUUUUUUGAGUUACAGAUUGAAUUUAUGUGGAUCAAGCAUAGAAAAACUGUACUGUGCAAACUGGUCAAUUGUUAAGCUUUCUUGUUCUUUAAACACAAUGAAUAAUGUGGCUGGUUAUAUUGUGAUUUUUGUGUAUAUCGGUCAUGUGAUUUUCAUUUUCUACUCUUACGCUCAACUGAUCAGAACAUGUUUGAAGUCCACAGAAGACAGGGGCAAAUUCCUGCAAACGUGCUUGCCACAUUUGUUUUCACUGAUUAACGUGACAGUGGCUGUACUCUUUGAAGUAAUGUUCAAUCGAUAUGGAAACAAGGAUUUUCCGCAGAGGCUGCUAAAUUUUAUGGCACUGGACAUUUUGGUAUUCCCCCCACUUCUCAACCCCCUAGUUUACGGAAUACAACUGACAAAAGUUCGGAGCAAAGUUUUUGGCAAAUGCAAGAAACACAGUCGGCUCAACCAUGAUUAAAACAUUAUCGAAGUGUGAUUCAACCUGCCUUUUCAUUCUGUUAAAUAACUUGGAAAUAUGUUUUUAAUGGUAGCUUCGAAAAAUAAGAGUUUCACAUCAGUGUGAGUCAGACCCUUUUUUCUGCUCUCAUUGCAUGUUCUCAUUAGCUUAUUAAAGAUAGCCUAUUUCUAUCUUCCUAUUACAGGGCUGGAGCCCAUGUGCUGGUACUGAUUAUGGACUGUGUUGAUUAUGUCCGACUGCUUCGCAAGGUGACGCACAAUUGUUGGUACUUAUGUGAUCCACAGGUGGGAGGGCUUGGUUGGCCCGGAUGACAGCAUCUCACCACGCACCAGCGACCCCUGCUGGUCGAUCAGGUGCACACAGGUUCACCUGUUGAAGUGAUAUGGGUAACACCAGAGGCAAUUACCAUGCCUCAAUAUGUAUAUGACGGGAAAGUUGUGAGUAAACAUCAUACUACGCUGCCAGGGCGGCCGUGUAGUAUAAUGGGUUCGGUGCUGGUCUUGUAACC